AUGCAGAGGAGGAAUUUACUUCUGCGUUUUUUUCUGUGCCGCGCCCACCCUUCCCUCCUCCAAGCUCCUUCUAUAGGGGAAAGAGAAAGAGUUCGCUCUGCGUCUUAAUAUCUUGGAGGGAGGCGGAGAAGAGUCCACAAUGAUUAUGAAAUGGUUGAGUAACAAAAUAAGAAACAUCUAUGUCUGGAAACAUGGUGGUUUAGAUUAUUCUUCAUAGAAGGUCAUCUGUUAUCGGCAAGCAAGUGGGGAAAAUGAAUGGUUUUAUGAGUUUAAGGAGAUAAUUUGGAAGGAGAGACAUGACGUCGCUUAAUUUUGAUGGGGAAGAUGACUUUUUGGAAGAAAAUAAAUUCAAGCAGUAUUGUGCAGAAUUUAUCAAAUACUCACAGAAAAUGGGAGACAAUUGGCAAUGGAGAAAUGUAAAGGACUCUGCCGAUGGCUAUAUGAGUAAAAUACACUUCCAAGUAAAAGGCGGAGGCACUUCACCAGACAUAGGAGAGAGAGUGAAUGAGAGUGAUGAAGUAACAUUUACACAUGUUGAGGAAGGCCUAGAUGACUCUCAGGUGGCUGGAAUCCAUACAGCAUCAGAAGUGAUUCGCUAUGAAUAUCAUGUUCUGUACUCCUGCAGCUACCAAGCCCCUAUACUUUACUUUAGGGCAUGUUUUUUAGAUGGAAAGCCUUUAACUCUGGAUGAAAUAUGGGAGAGUGUUCAUGAAUGCUACAGGGAACGCCUCUGGCAGGGGCCCUGGGACACCAUUACACAACAGGAACAUCCAUUACUUGGACAGCCUUUCUUUGUACUUCAUCCCUGCCGGACAAAUGAAUUUAUGGCUUCAGCAUUAUCUACUUCACGUAAAGAAAACAGAGACCGGCGGGAGUGGUCAGGGAGUGCUGCUGCUGUAGCUGCUACUGCUGGGAGCCAGUUCAAAAGGAAUCAGGCUAGAGAUGCGCUCAGGAAAGGUGCUGAAGGAGCAGCCCAAGAAUCAACCCUGCUCAAAAUCCAGAGAAAGGCAGUCUUGCCAGCGCUCUCCUCCUUCCCAAGCAGAUGGCGGCUGCUCCGGGUGGGUCCGACAAGGAGUACUAACUACAUAAUCUCAUGGCUGAGUAUUGUAGGCCCAGUGGUGGGUCUCAAUUUACCUCUGAGUUAUGCAAAAGUCAUUUCGGAGCAGAGUACAAGUGCUGAUUGAAGAGGAUCUGUAGAGAAUAUGGUUAAUGGUGAAGUAUUCAGACACAAAGCUGAAGUGAAUAACAUGUCUACCAAGCCGUCCAAUUCACCACAGCAGUCCCAGCAAAGGACAUAUUUCAGUGACACAAACACCUCCAGUGUCAAGCUUAACAACUGUUAAUCAUGACUAAGCUGAGAUCUAACAGAUUUUGAUUUGUGUGGCAGUGGGCUAAUAAUUAGUCUUGUUGGGCUAAUUAUAAGUGGACAAAGACCCUUCUUUGCCCAAAAUUGAUAGUGACUGAUUUGUGAGAACAGCUUUUGUGAAAUAAUUCAACCACAGUAGUAUAUAUACAGCCAACGGAAUUGAAGCUCUCCAGUGAUAAGGUUAUCCCACCUUUAAUGCUGUUGUACCAUAUACAGCUAGUGGAAGGAGAAACCCAUGUGCAAAAUGGUUCCUUUGUUCAUAUUGUAAUUUAAAGGGGCUGGAGUUGCAGAUAUAUCUGUUUGGCUCCCCAAGAGGCCUCGGCAGUGGAGGGGAUUUUCAGAGUCACCUGAUUUCUUUUCCUUUCGCAGGCCAGCUUCCCUUGGCAGCCUUUCCUCCACAGUCCAAGCUCUGGCUGUCAGCUGCCUGACUUGUCUGCUCGCCAUCGUCCACCUCCCACUGCCCUAAUAUCCCCUCCCUCCACACAGUACCCUUGUAAGAGCCUGUCAUACUCAUGCUCUCAUGAGAGCUCUACAGCCCAUCUACUGGCAACUUUCGGUACUCGGCCAACCGUGCGUUGUGGCUUUGUUGCCACUCCUGGGUUUUUUGAUGUGCGCCGUCUGUGGAAUGGGCAGCGGUGCUGAGAGUCACAGCUGAGGGUGGAACUGAGGGUGAGUCUACAGGGCCUCCUCCAAUGAUGAGGAGGGCAGCAUAGAUGGCGGUUACUUAGCAUAUCCAUUGGCAACAAUGGUAAAUUGCAAAUAUACAGGUUGUUUCUGUGUAUUGUUCUGUGUAUUUGAACCACAGGUUGGUUUUACCUUGGUAAAAUGCUGGGUUAAAAAGUCAGGCUACCCUCUUCUGGAGCAGCCAGGAGCCCUCUGCUCCUGGUGCUCCAGACAACAUGAUCUGCCUGGGGUAAAGUGUCAUGAGAACAGCCUCUAUAUGUAUGCAUGCUAGAAAGUUACAGUUGGCGAUAGCUUUCCAACUUAUGAACACAGGGUAAUAGUGUGUAUUUGUUUGUCGAAGAAAGUUAUAUUCCUCGCCUUCCUCAUAAACAUGUAGUGUUCAGAUUAAAAUUAAAUUCAUGAAAACACAAUAAUUGUUAAAAUUCUCUAGUUGGAAGGGAAUACAUGGUAGCUGUAUAAUGUCAGAAAGUAUUUUGUCUUUCCAUGAAGCAGUUAUUGUUGAGUUAAAUUAAUAGUUUGGGUCAUACCCGUGCUUAGUUUAUAAGUAUUAUCUAGGCAAACCUCCACUACUAAGUGGAUUUCAAUGAAUAAUGAUAUUACUAACAAUGAAUAAUAAUAUGACUAACUCUAAUGAAAAGCAAUACACCGCAGUGUAUAGUUAUACCAGCCAGUUUCGAUUCCUUUUCUACAGGCCUUUUAAAAAAAGGUAAUUUGCUUAGCUGAUGGAACCAAUUUUUAUGUUAAAUCAAAUAUUAAAAUAUUCUACUUAAUAUAUAAAUAGGAAAAUCUGUAGAGUUGUUUUUUUUAAUCAGUUCUUAGACGUACUACUUGUUAAAUGGGUUUGCCUUUA